CUUGUUUGCACCGAACACGAACAAUGGUCUGCAUAUGGACGCACCGCUUUCCGCACCAACAGAUAAUUGUUGAGCUUGAACACUGCAUUCUCUUAUCCUUGUCAAGGUCAGAAACCUGAUAUGCCGUGCAUGUCCCGACGGCGACGGUGCCGACGGUCAGUUGCCGGCAACGUGGAAAGUGAUCGACCUCGUACAUGCUGCGGAGGCACAUUGGGCAUCUGGUGAUCCAGUGCGUCAUCACCAACGUCAAUCAUGUUCCCCAUGGGGAAGGUCUCUGACUAUGCCCUUGCAAUGCUUCGCUGAAAGCUUGAUUCAUAAGUGCGACGAGAGUCCAUCUCCUUCUUGUACAUUCAGGUCCUUUACCUUGCGUCUUUCCUGUGUCUUUAUCGGAAGUGUUCGCUCGAAGCUGCCAACAUGCCUGCUCAAACAGGUACACAAAAACUCACUGGCGGGUGGUUGAUUGCUGCAAUCACCUCAGUAUGCUCCGCAGGCUUCCUUCUCUUCGGGUAUGAUCAAGGUGUCAUGUCAGGAGUCGUCAUCUCCAAAUAUUGGCUCGAUCAGAUGGACAACCCGAGUUCGCUGAUGGUCGGAACCAUGACAGCAUUAUACGAUGUUGGCGCCGUCUUUGGCGCCAUCGGUGCUGCUUUCACUGGGGAGCAACUCGGACGGAAGAGGACCUUGCUGCUUGGGACGAGUGUGCUCAUCGUCGGGACAAUCCUCAUGGCAAGCAGCUAUGAGCGCGUCCAGUUCAUGAUUUCCCGCAUCUGCACAGGUAUUGGCAUCGGCUACAUCACCUCUGUUACGCCUGUGUAUCAGGCUGAGAUCAGUGCUGCCGCUCAACGUGGCUGGCAGGUGUGCUGUCAAUUGACUACCAUGCUUGGGGGAUUGAUGCUUGCCUACUGGCUCAAUUAUGGGUUUUACUUCGUUCACAGCAGUGCCCAGUGGCGGUUCCCUUUGGCUUUCCAGCUCGUGUUCGCCAUCUAUAUCCUGGUGGUUGCUCCAUGGCUGCCAGACACACCUCGUUGGCUGAUGCGUCAUCGAACCGAGUCGGAAGGUCUUGCGGUCCUGGCCAAACUUCGCGGUCGUGAUGAGAACGACCAACUUGUGCAAGCUGAAAAGGACGAUAUCAUGGAGGCCAUUACCAUUGAAGCGAAGGAAGAAGGCUCAUGGGCUGAUCUAUUCCGCAGCAAUGGCAUUUCGGCCAACAAGCGAUUCUACCUGGCGCUCGGAAUUCAGUUCAUGCAGCAAAUGUCUGGCAUCAAUAUUGUCACUUACUACGCACCAACCCUGUUCUCCACCUCCUUGAACAUGACUCAGGAGAAGUCAAUCCUCAUGGGUUGUUUCUUGCAACUUUGGUACAUUAUCGCCUCUUUCUUGACUUGGUACACCAUCGAUCGUGUGGGACGACGUCUUUUGUUCAUAUCAAUGGCCCUUGGCAUGUGCCUUGUUCUUGUCGCCGAGGCCAUUUGCGUCAACAGGAUCGAGGCCGCCGACUACCACAACACCUCGGCUGGAGUUGCCGCCGUCUUCUUCGUUUUCGCGUUCGAGGCAUGCUUUACUUGGGGAUGGAUGGGAACUGUUUGGACAUACCCCCCGGAAAUUCUCCCCCUGAAGAUUCGCGCAAAAGGCGCCGCUUUGGCUGCUGGAGCUGAUUUUCUCGGGAAUUUUCUCGUGGUUGAGGUCACCCCUGACGGUGUCAAGAACCUUGGAUGGAAGUUCUACAUUGUCUGGGCAGUUUUGAACCUGGUCAACGCCAUCAUCGUCUGGAUGUUCUAUCCCGAGACUGGCGGUCAGCCGCUGGAAGCCGUCGAUGUGCUCUUCGUUGAAGAUCACCAGAGGAGAAACUCAAGUCUAUACAUUGCGGACGACGUUGAGGACGAAAAACCAAACGUCCUGCAGAAACUGCAAUGGAGCAUUGUGCGGAAGGCUGACAGACAGGUCAAAGCAUACAAGCGAACCGGGGGUCGAAGGACAACUCGGCCCAUUGGCGACGAAGCGGUGGACGGCAGAAAGGCGCAGACGAGCGGAGUAGAACAUCUGGCCAAAUAGCUGCUCCCUGUUGCAAGAACAGGCCAAUCUAAAGAAGGAGGAUGCCUCCGUCGAUGUGUCGCCGUGAUGUAAACGUGUCGCCGAGAACUUGGAGAGUCUCUUAUACUUCUCCGCUCUGAUCGGGAAUGUGUCCCGUAGUGCCAAACCGAGAAAGGGGCUUCAUUAGCCCAUCUAGAAUAGCAUGGAUCAAUAUAUGGACAACAGAAAAAUCCGCGUCUUUCUUGUUGCAGCAACGGUAGCCACGGAUACCAACGUCAGCAGUGAUUGGCAGGGGUUCUCUUCAUCGAAUUGGAGUUGAUGUCAUGUCAAUAUAUUUGGCUUGACUCCGCGUUU